CCCUUCAACCCAACCCAGGCUGGGAUUCUGUGUCAGGGCUCUCUGGCUCUUACGCAGUGUGCCUGACAUCAUUAAUCAUGUCCUUGUAGUUGAGACCAAAGCUCUCGGGUCAGGAAAAGCACAUGAUAGUGAUCGGGAAUGAUCCUCUGUGUUGAGGAUCCCAUAUUCAGGGUUAUUCUCUUCUCCAGCUGAAUAUGCUUUUGGCCAGGGCCCACUCUCUUCCAAGAUGUUUUUGACUUGGAAUGAAGACUUUGAUGGUUUGAGGCAUUUUUUUUCCUUGUUGCAAACACAGAGCUCUAUGUGCAGUUUUCAGAGUGGCUGCAGAAAUUUUGAGAGCCAAAUUAAAUGUGUUACAAGAUGAAAACCAGCUGAUUCUGCUGAGAAGUUGUUGGGGUGGAUUUCUUUUCAUAAAGAAACUGUUUAUCAUAAGCAUUGAAAACACUCUUGUCAAUGUUCUAAUCUAAGCUCCCUUGGAAAGACAAUUGAUGUUUUCCAAGCUGUGUGUGUUGGUGUGGCUCUGCUGAAAACUUCUGUUACUGUUAUUUACUGUUAUUUUUUGUUUUCAAAUUGAACGCUCAAAUGAGAGCCAAAAUGGCACCGUUUUUGCCUAAAUCCACAGGUGACACAUUCCCUGGAGCUAAAAGUGUUACUCCUUCUCUUGCUGUCCAAACUGCUCGGCUGCAGAGCCACUGCUCUGCUUUUAACUGCUGUUCUGCCCAGGCAAUGGGAAUGCAAUGAAAUGUGCACUCGAGGAGCCUUGUGAGCUUAGACCUUACCAGAACAUAACUAUGUAGUUCCAUGUCACAGAAAUCCUAGUGCUCCACAUCCCCCAGCAGAUGAGGAGUUCUGUCAACCUCCAGUUGGCACUUGCUGUUAAUACCUGAACUUCUCUAACAUGCACAGAAGGGAUGUGCUUUUGAAUCACUCUAAUGUUUGAGUCGCAGUUCAUUUUAGGAAGGGAAUUGAAAUCUUUGAGCCUAAAACUGCUGCUGGAAAUGCAAACGUGGUUUGGCGAGCAGGUGGGAAGUGGCAGGGGAAGGCAGGCUGUUCUUUGCAGGCUCACCCUGGACACUCUAUCUGGAGGAGUGCUGACUGCUUCUGCCACACAGGACCAAGUCAUCACGAUGCCGGCACUGCCUCUAGAUGAACUCCAGCUGACAGAAAGGGAUCCCAAAACAGGGAAGAUGAGAACUUUACCAGCACUGCACCCAGAAAUAAAAGCAGAUCGGUCUUUUGUGCUAUACAGACCGCCACCCCUCGCCAGAGACCCUGCUUUAGUGGAAGAGUUCUUGGAGAGAGCCAGAUUCAUUGCAGAUGACCUGAACUGGCUUCUGGCUUUGCCUCAUGACAAAUUUUGGUGCCAGGUGAUAUUUGAUGAGACACUUCACAAGUGUCUGGAUUCCUACUUGCGCUUUGCCCCUCGCAAGUUCGACGCGGUGCUGGAUUGUCACCCCGAGGUGAGCGACAUGCAGAGGGGUCUUCACCGGAGCGUCUUCCUCACCUUCCUCAGGAUGUCCACUCACAAGGAGUCCAAGGAUCAUUUUAUCACCCCCUCUGUCUUUGGAGAAAUUAUUUACAAUAACUUCCUGUUCGACAUCCCGAAGAUCCUGGAUCUCUGUGUGCUUUUUGGGAAAGGAAAUGGUCUCCUGCUCCAGAAGAUGAUCGGAAAUAUAUUCACCCAACAACCAAGUUACUUCAGUGACCUAGACGAAACCCUGCCCACUGUCCUCCAGGUAUUCAACAAUAUUUUGCAGCAGUGUGGUUUGCAGUGUGAAGGAGCCUCUGCUGAGCCCCAGAAAUUGGAAGAAAAAGUAAAUGUGACUCCAGGAAACAUGCCCCUCCAGGAGCUGAAGGACAUUGUGCUGUACUUAUGUGACACCUGCACGACACUCUGGGCAUUCCUUGAUAUCUUCCCAUUGGCCUGCCAGACCUUCCAGAAACAUGAGUUUUGUUACAGAUUAGCUUCAUUUUAUGAACUGGCAAUUCCUGAGCUGGAAGCUGCAAUCAAGAAGAGGCACUAUGAGGACAACAGUGUCUUUGCUGAUUUGUGGAGGAGAAUUUCGCAUUCCAGAAAGAAGAUGGUAGAAGCUUUUCACAUCCUAAUAAACCAAGUCUGUCUGCAGCCCAUCUUAGAAAGCAGCUGUGAGAACAUUCAGCCUUUUAUUGAGGAAUUCCUACAGAUCUUCACUUCAGUGCUCCAGGAAAGGAGAUUUCUCCGUGAUUAUGAUAAGCUGUUUCCUGUUGAGGAUGAUGUCAGCCUGCUUCAGCAAGCAUCCUCCACGCUAGAUGAGACCAGGACAGCCUAUAUCCUGCAAGCAGUGGAAAGUGCAUGGGAAGGGGUGGACAGGAAAAAAGCACAAGUCAUUAAAGAUCCAGCACCAGCAGCAGCAUCUAAUGGAGCGUCAGCAAUGCUGGAGAGCACUGCUGGGGACAUGGAGGAGCUCGGGGCUGGAUAUGUGUCAGAGGAUGAGUGUGCUGGUGCAGCGGCUGCGCCCAUCGCCAGGGUCUCAGGGGUGGAGCUGGACUCUCUGAUCUCUCAAGUGAAAGACUUGCUGCCAGACCUCGGUGAGGGCUUCAUCCUGGCCUGCCUGGAAGAGUACAGCUACAAUGCAGAGCAGGUCAUCAACAACAUUCUAGAAGAGAAGCUGGUGCCAUACUUGGAUAAGCUGGACCGAACAAUGCAAAGGCAGCUGAAGCCAGACCCGACUCCUCUGGUCACUUCUCGCUAUAAUGUUUUCCAGAACGAUGAGUUUGAUGUUUUCAGUAGGGAUUCAGUGGAUGUUUCUCGGAUUCAGAAGGGCAAGAGGAGGGAGAAGGACACCACCAGAAGUUUGCUGAAUGACAAGCGCCUGGUUGCUGAGCAGAAGGAGCGCUACAGCCAGUACAGCCUGGUGGUGGAGGAGCUGCCUGUGCAGCACGGGGAGGCUCAGCUCUACGGGGAGGACUACGAGGACGAGUACGACGACACUUAUGAUGGAAACCAAGUGGGGGCUAAUGAUGCUGACUCAGAUGAUGAGCUCAUCAGUAGGAGGCCCUUCACAAUUCCUCAGGUCUUGAGAACUAAAGGGCAGGAGGAAGGACAGGAGGAAGAGGAAGAGGAUGAAGAGGAGGAGGAGGAAGCUGAAAAGGAAAGAACAAAGGACCAUUUUGUGCAGGACCCAGCGGUGCUGCGGGAGCGAGCUGAAGCCCGGCGCCUGGCGUUCCUGGCGAGGAAGGGGUACAAGCACGACAGCUCUGCUGUGGUUGGGAACGUGAAGGGCCACGGGCAGAACCGGGAGACGGUGCAGGAACGGAGGAAGAAGGAAGCAAACAAAAGCACAAGAGCGAACCACAACCGCCGCGCCAUGGCUGACAGGAAGCGCAGUAAAGGCAUGAUCCCCUCCUGAGAGACUCUUGUUAGUGCAGGUGUUGCAUCACCCCCAGUCCUCUGCCUGGCAGGAGGCAGUUGUGCUCCAUUCCCUCAGUGCUCCCUUGGCCCAGGGCCGUCAUGAUCAAUAGCUGGUGCUGUGGCUCACGUGGAAUUGCAGGUCCUGUGGGUGCCCACGGGAAGGAGCUGCCCUCCAGGCCGGCCCUGACUGCUCUCCAGGUCAGAGAGACACGUGUGUAUGCCCCUGGGCUGCACCAGCCCUUCCUUUCCUUUUGUACUAUUUAUAAUUCUGAGAACUUUAUUUUCCUAGGGGCUCCUUGCGCCCUCCCCACCACCCAGGCGGGUUUCCAGGUCCCUCCAAGAGCCAGGCUUCCCGGGAACAGCCCUCACAGCUUUCUGCUCUGCUGAAAUGCCUUAUCCUGAGGUACAACUGGAAGGUUGGUAGGAAAACACUGGGGCUGUUCCUGUGGCUGGCAGACACAGGAGUUCAGGUGAACAAGACCUGAUAAAUCUCUGUCCCUAGAGUGAGGUGUGUGAAAACAGAAUGUGCAAAUAAAUGAUUUGGACCUUUUA